CUUGUUGACACCUGCGAUGUCCUAACGCAUUCCAAGGAAUAUCAUUUUCGCUUCCUACAAUUCUUUUCCGGCCGUUCACUUAUUCUUAGAUUGAUUUUGCUGUCUUUCCAUCUAAAACUAAUGAACCAAAGGGAAAAGGCGAUUCUCCCAAAUCACCAGAUUAGAUCAAUAACACCUUCUUGAUUAAUUUUCUCGAAUUAAUUCAUGGUGUCGAAUCUCGGGCAUUAGGUAUAUCUAGGCAUUUCUAAGCACGAUCCACCGGAAAUGUCUACGUGCUUCAGCUUCACGGCGUCCAAGGACCGGUUCUACCGGCACUGGUUCACGAGUUCGGGGUUGCGCUCCGUGACGACAGAGCUCGGGGAAGGGACCAUGAUGCACUGCUGGAUUCCUAAGGUCCACUGGUCGUCGAGGCCGACGCUGCUUCUGGUUCAUGGAUUCGGGGCCAAUGCCAUGUGGCAGUUUGCGGACCACGUCCGACACUUUACCCCGCACUUCAACGUGUACGUGCCGGACCUGGUGUUCUUCGGGGGGUCAAGCACGGCCCGGCCCGAACGGUCCGAGGCAUUCCAGGCCCGGUGCCUGAUGAGGCUGAUGGAGGUCCACGGGCUCUCCAGGGCGAGCAUGGUUGGGGUGAGCUAUGGCGGGUUUGUGUUGUACAGCCUGGCCGACCAGUUCCCGGACGUGGUCGAAAGGAUCGUGCUGUGCUGCACGGGCGUGUGCCUCGAGGAGAAGGACCUCAAGGACGGCCUGUUUAGGGUUUCAAACUUGGAUGAGGCGGUCGAAAUUCUGCUGCCGCAGAGCCCAAACAAGUUGAGGGAGCUAAUGAAGUUAUCGUUCGUGAAACCUGCCUGGGGCGUUCCCUCUUGCUUCCUCUCAGACUUCAUCAAUGUGAUGUGCUCGGACUACAUCCAGGAGAAGAAGGAGCUAAUCCGUGCCUUGCUCAAAGAUCGAAAGCUUUCGAAUCUUCCCAGAAUCAAACAGCCCACGUUGAUAAUAUGGGGAGAGCAAGAUCAGAUAUUCCCGUUGGAGCUAGGGCACAGAUUGAAAAGCCACAUAGGAGAGAAUGCUGAGAUGGUCAUCGUGAAGAACGCAGGCCACGCAGUCAACCUUGAGAAAUCCAAAGAGUUCGUGAAGCAUUUGAAGCCUUUUCUCGCACAAUGAUCUCCAUAUUACACAAUUAAUAUCAGUUGAUUAACUGUUUUUGUGAGUCGUCACGCGGAGGAAAGCCGGCGAAAUUGAAACUUUCGUGAAGAGUUCUCAUAGGCCUAAAACUUUUUGAAUGGUGAUAUCUAUUCUAGCUGGGAAUGGAUCGAUAAAGGAUACCGAUGAAUUAAUUUCCCAGCUGCACUGUUGGUGCCUGGGAGUUGGGAGAGCGUCUCGCAGCAGAGUAUUCGGUUUUCAAACAAUAAAAUUUGAUGAGUACUUCGGAUUAAUUAGCGGGAAAUGCCUCAAAAUUUAACUACUUAAGACGAUUGUUAUGAAGGGCGGGAUGUCGUAAGAGCUUAAUUAAAUGCCUUGGAGAAAAUAAAAGGAUUUUGCAACUCAAAUUUGGACUAGGAACUUUAUAGAUAGGAUGUGAUCAAUAUAAUAAAAGAGCCUAAGGACGUUCAUAGAAAAGACAGAAAACAAACAUGAGACUCGUGAAAUUGGUUGUAUGCGUGUGUCCCUAUUUGUGGGUUCAUCCUUUAUCUAUAGGCAAAUAUGGUCUCGAGUUUCAAGUAUAAUGGCUUGAGCCUCAUAAUGUGUCAAAUGAAAUGUCAAAUUUUCGACAGUUAACUGUUGCUAAAGG